AUGGGAUACGACCGUGUUGACAACUGCUUUGAGAAUUCUGAGUUCCAUUCUCUGGCGGUGGCUCUCCUCAGUAAAGACAGAAACAGCAGGUCAGGGGAUAUAUUCCUGCUCUGGGAACGACAGGAGCAGAAUGAACAGAGUACAUGGGCCAACGAGGAGAAGGUCCGCCUUCAGUGUGAAUGGAUGCAGGUGAUUCUCACCAAUUCUUCGCCCAGACCUCAUGCAGAAAACAGUGGAGCCAUGUGGCCAUCUCAUAAUGGAAUAAACAUGAAUGUUUCCAGGAGUAUCUCGGGAAGUCAGUCUGACGGUGAAGCAUUGUUGAGAGAAUUGAUUAUCAUCGAUUCCCCCCUGCGGGAUCACGGCCAGCUCACUGGCCGCGCAACCUGGGCAGCACCGCUGCUUUGCCCUGGGCGCGCAGGUGGUCAGUCUCCGCCUACAGUCCAGCUAAGAGCCCAGUGUCGGAUCGCUGAUGUGCGCAGGCUCCGUUGGUUUUCAAAGCUAGAUGUUUGGGGGCUCAUCUCUCAGAGGCAGGCCUUAAAACUUAGGGUGCUGACGUGGGGUUGGAACCCUUCUCUCCUCAAGGAGAAGCUCCAGAUUUCGAGUUCCCUGCCGGUGGCUGGUCGCUGCCCUGGGGCCCGUGGACUUGGUACGUCUGUGGGAGGAAGCCAAGGCAGGAUCUUCCUAUGUCGCCAUCUUGAACCAUCAAAAGGCAAACAAUGGAGUGAGGUUGCUAUCAUGUGUCAAGACAUCCGAGAGUUUACUGGAAAGCUCACAAAUAAAAUAAGAAAGGCUAGAAACUCCGUGGUACUCAUUCAGCUCACAUUCUCUUCGUCUUAUUGAUCCCAAGGAAAGAGAAGAAAAUCAUCCAUGACAAGUAGUGGCUGUCAGAAAGGCCAUUUCAUGCUCAGGGAAAAGUGAAAUCUCCCACCAUCGGAGCAGCUUCAAGUACACUUUUCUUCUGGAGGAAAAUUGGAAAGACUGAAACUUGCUCACCCAUCAGCGUUACCUCCGCCCUUCCCUGUCUCUGUGGUAUUUUACAGCCCUGCGAGUUAUAGAAAAGAGCUAGUAUUACAAGUAAUUCUUGUCCGCAGAAAACAAACAGAGUUUGGUGGAACGUGAGGUCACCCUAUGGGACCUGUUUGCGAAUUCCCUCCAGCACUUCUCUGAAUGUGGGCGGCUGUGGGUCUCCUUCUGGCUGGUUCCUAGCAUCCUGUUGCUCUCCUUGGUAAUGAAUCAGCUAAAUAGGACAUUUCACCAUGUUUAUUUUCUCUUUGUA